AUGAGCCAAACUAGAGAAGGGAGCAGUUCACUGAGUGAGGAGGACUAUGAAUAUGAUGAGGAAGAAGAGGCAUGGGGCACAGUGGAAGAGCCCAUCUCAGCCUUAGCUCCAGAGACAUGUCUGCAGGAGGAACUCCCCUCUCAGGUCUCAGCCCAUCCAGCCCUGCAGUGCUUAGAUGAGAUGUUCUCUCUCGGUAAAAUCAGUAGGACUAGACUGGUGAAGCUAAAGUCCAGUUUCAGCUUGCUGCAUGACACACUGAGAUGUUCACAGGAGUCAGAGAUCCGACUCCUGCAGAAGGCAAAGGGUUUCCGGGCAGAGCUGGAAAGGCAGCAGCAGGAGCUGGAGAGUGUCGAACAGUUCCCUGAGGGGCCUGACACUGAGGUCACUCAGCUGAGACAGAAACUCCUCAAGCUCAACAAUGACCUGCGAGAGGCUGAGGACAGGGAUUACCAAAUGCAGCAGCAGCUUGAGUGUCUGCAGGAGGAAAAGACUGCUCUUGAGAAAGAGUAUAAGAGUCAGCCCAACCCCGAUGAGCUGGAGUGGAGGUUGGAGGCUCUGAAGAGGAGCUGUGAGGAGAUCAAGGAGGAUAUUGCUCAGAGGCAUCUAGAGAUCAAGAAUCUCAACAAAGACAUGGAGGACCAACAGCAACAGAUACAGAGUGAACAGCAAGAGCUGGAAAGGAACAAGGAGAUGAUUACGCACAAGGAGGCGGAGUUGGCUCAACUCCUCUCCAUGCCUACACAACUAGGGAAAGAAACUGAGAAGAUUCAACGAAGAAAGCUGGAGGUAGAGAAGCGUAAAGCAUUGCUGGAUGAGCAGCUGAAGGACCUAUCAGAGCAGAGGAAGUUGACAGAGGAGCAGUGCCGAGUCGUCGAUGCGGAGCGCAGGGAGGAGAUGAGGGAGCUGGAGGGACGCAGGGCUCUCCUAGAAACAGCAGAGAGAGAACACAGUAUGCUGCUGAGGGAACUGGAGAUGACCAAGGAGAAAGAGGCCGUGCUGAUGAGUCAGAGAAGCUUUUUGGACAUUAAUCUUGGCCACUUCACUGUGGAAAGGAAGGCUGUUCAUGAGAAUCUGACCAGAAAGGCCCGGGAGAAGGACCGAGAGCUACGCAAUGUACAGAGAAUGGAGCAGCAGCUGAAGUUAGCCAAGGUCGGCCUGGGACACACUGAGUUUCUGUACAAUGAAACAAAAGCUCAGAGAGAUGCGAUGCCCAAAGAUGAUGGCUUACUAGAGAGGAGGAAUGACCUCCAAAAGGAAAUUGAGAACCUACAACGAAACUUCAUUCAACAGCAGUCGUUGGUAGAGCUGAAGGAACAGGUGGAGCAAUGUAUGAAACAGGAGCAGGCUUUGGUGAGGGAGUCUUACCGCUGUAGAGAAGAGCUCCAUGACCUCAGCUGUCUGACUCUUAUCAAAGCAGAGGAGAGAGCACAGAAAGGUCGUGAGCUUCUCAAGGCUAAGAUGAGAUACAACCAUAACACAGAAGAAUUAAAGGUCAAAGCUUUAUUCAUUCAGGAGCAUAAGAAACAGAAUCAGGAUAUCAAGUCCAGGCUGAACACACUUGCCAAGAUGUAUGACGUCAAAAAGAGUGAGAGAAAUAAGUUUGUGAACCUCAUCCAGAUUAUCAACCAGAACGCAUCUGAGAAGAGGGAGAAACUCAAGUUCCUGGAAAAUAACAGAGAGAUCCUACGCACUGAUGCCAUCAACAAAGACAAGCUAUUGAAGAAGUUGCAGUUGAGGCAUGUCCAUAGUUACAAGUUGCGGAGCAGUCUGAAAAAAGACAUCUCUAAGGCCACCUUAGAACUUCAAGAAUUACGGCAGGAGCGCGAGGAGCAGAAGGUCAAACUUGGCAGACUGGCACGUGUCAUUGACUGCCAGGAGCAGACCAUGUUACAGAUACGCAAGAGCUACCGUGCUGCCCUGCAGAGUCACAAGAACCGGGUUGCCCAGCUACAAAAGAGCGAGGAUGAGAUCCAUAUCCUCAGUGAGAAGGUGAACAUGCAAGAGACACAGUACCACAAGAGAAAUUUGGAGAUCCAGAAGAUGGAGGCAGACAUCCACUAUUUAAAUAUGUUAAUUAGUGACGAGAACAGACAGAUUACCCUUUGCCGCAAAGAGCUACCCCGCAAGAGACUCCUGGAGGAAGAGAGCACUCUACUGCAAAUACAGGUGUCAGAGUGCAGGGACCAGCUGCUGUGCCUCAAUGAAGCUCUUCUGGAGCAAGCCCAAAAGAUCAAAGACACCAAGGGGAAAGAGCCAUCCACUGAAGACCUUAUCAAGAAGAUUGAACAGCUGGAGGAGCGUCUGGUGGAUAAAGAGGCUCAGCUGCUGGAGAAGGAACUGGUGUAUGAGCAGGUGAACCAACAGUGUCAACACAUCUGCACCAAGGCCGAAAAUGGCAAACGGGACACUUGCAAACUGGCCAAGAAGGUAAACAAGAUGCAGAGCCGUAUCAAAGCCUCCACCAGGAGUAUGAUGGCCGUGGUAUCUGAGCUGUCCAUGUGGCAGGCGGAGACCAUGGCUCUGCAACAGGAGCUAAGGGAGAAGGAGCUGCAAGUGGAGGUGUGUCAGCAACGGCUGGAGCAAGGCCUGCCACCGUCUGAGCAGAUAGAGGAGGAGUGGCAGCGGUACCUCAGAGACCGCAGACAGACCAGUGCUGAGGAGAACCUCAGGCUCGCUGAGGAAGAGAAGUGGAGUCAGCUGCCCAGCGGUGUGUACACCACAGCAGAGCCUCGGCCCAACUGCUACAAAUCCACUGGAGACAGGCUGGACAUAGCCAAGCCUUAUGGUGCCCAGGCACCCUUUAAACCUUCUGAACCGGGCUCCAACAUGCGCCACUUCCGCAAGCCCCAGAUCAAACCCAUCGAGAUCUAG